CUCUAUUUACACUGUGAAAAAUAAGGGACACGAACAGAGCUGCGGAGCCAUAGGGAGAAAGUAGUGCAGGCAAGAAGGACCUGGGAAUUGAAGGCAGCAGAUGCUGCAGGAAACAGGGAGUAGUGGUGCAACUGAGUGUGAGGAGCACCACAGCAGGACAAUGGGCAGCAAGGAGCCCAGGAAGACCAGAGGGACUGUUUCAGGUCUGUACUGAUGGACACUGUGCUUCGCUUUCAUCAGCAUGACUGCUGCCAUCAAUGCAUGCAGUCUGCUUCCCUCUUUUGAACCUUCUACACCUGUCAGCCAAGGAGCUCUGCUUGCCAGCACCCAAUGGGACCAAGGAGGGUGCCUGAGACAUACAACAGUCGCUCAGCAACUCUCUGUCUCCUGAGGAGGACAGCCUAACUACCUGCACCAGCCUCCGGGGUUGCUCUCGGCACAGCUGGAGGUGCACCUAACCUGUAGAUCUCCUUCAGCAAGCCUCUGAAAACUCCGUCUCUGAGUGCACAGGGUGUGCUGACCCACCACAGCGGGACAGUGCAGGACAAAGGCCGAGCUAAAGGGACAUGGCAUCCAAUUAUUGAUCCCUGAGGAGACCUUGAGCUUGGAUACCCCUGAUGGAGGCCGAGGAACAGGAGGAAGAUGCCAGCUCCCUUUCAAAGAGUGAUUCAGAGACUAACUCACGUGUCUACCUCCGCUAUGUGUCUCUUGGAAUAGUCUUUCUCUUGCUGGCUGGAGCUGCUGCAGCAACAUGGUACUUCCUAGACUACAGACCAUGGCACCUGGAACCAACCAUCCUGCAGUUUUACUCUGGCAGUCUUCAGGUCCUCAAUCGCCGAUACUUCUCAGAGCUUGGACAGGUGGAAUCCAGAGCCUUCUGGCUGGAGUCAGCUAAACUCCAGAACAUGUUGAAAGAUCUCAUUCAUUCCACAGAGCUGGGUCGAUAUUACAACUCAAGCACAGUGUAUGCCUUUGGGGAGGGGGCUCUGACCUUCUUCUUCUGGUUUACCCUCCAAAUUCCUGAGAGUCAGCAGAAGGAGAUGACUGCUGAGAGGGUAAAUGCAGUGCUCCACCAAGAGCUUACCAACAGCUUCAACAGUUCGGGCAGCCUGUCCUACCAGGCAGAGUACAGGGUCAACCCAGACUCGCUGAUUCUGCUGGAAUCCACUGUGAAAGACAUAGUAGUGCUGAAAUCCACUCUGGGUUGCUACAGAUACAGCUACGUCCAGGAGGAUGACUUUCUAACACUGGAGGGCCCUGACUACCUGGCCUCCAGUUGUCUUUGGCACCUCCAUGGCCUCGAGGGCUACAUGAUCAAGCUACGCUUAGAGUGGACUCUGCCAGACUGCAGGGACCGCCUGGCUAUGUAUGAUGCAGCUGGUCCCCUGGAGAAACACCUCAUCACCUCGAUCUAUGGCUGCAGCCGGCAGGAGCCUGUUGUGGAAGUCCUUUCAUCAGGCCCUGUCAUGUCCAUUGUGUGGAAGAAAGCCCUGUACAGCUACUAUGACCCCUUCAUCCUUUCAGCACAGGUGGUGCCCCUCAAAGCCUGUGGAGUGAAUAUAACCCUGCGGGAAGGCCUGGACUUGCAGGGGAAGAUCAGCACGCCACAUUACCCCAGUUACUACUCGCCCAAUACCCAGUGCACCUGGCACAUGUCGGUCCCAUCCCUUGACUAUGGGGUCACUCUGUGGUUUGACGCUUAUGCACUCAGCAGACAGAAGCAGGACCUGCCCUGUACACAAGGCCAGUGGAUAAUUCAGAACAGAAGGUUGUGCGGCCUGCGGACCCUACAAGCUUAUGCCGAGAGGAUCCCAGUCACAUCCUCUGCUGACAUUGCCAUCACCUUCACCUCGCAAAUCUCCUUAACUGGCCCCGGCGUGCAGGCAGCUUACAGCCUGUACAACCAAUCUGAUCCCUGUCCCAGAGAGUUCCUGUGUUCAGUGAAUGGCUUGUGCGUCCCAGCCUGUGACGGAAUCAAAGAUUGCCCCAAUGGGCUGGAUGAGAGAAAUUGUGUGUGCCCUGCAAAGUUCCAGUGCCAAGAGGACAGCACCUGCAUUGAGUUCAGCAGGGUCUGCAAUCAGCAGCAGGACUGUGUCAAUGGGAGCGACGAAGAGCACUGCAAUGAAGUGGUCCCCUGUGGUCCUUUCACCCACCGCUGUGACGAUGGGACCUGUGUGAAGAAACCCAACCCGCUGUGUGAUGCCACUGUGGACUGCAAGGACCUGUCUGAUGAGAAGCACUGUGACUGUGGGCUGCAGGCCCCUCUCAGCAGGAUUAUCGGCGGUGCUAACUCUGUGGAAGGAGAAUGGCCAUGGCAAGCCAGCCUGCAAGUCCGGGGACGACACAUUUGUGGGGGAACGCUCAUUGCUGACCGCUGGGUGGUCUCAGCUGCACAUUGCUUCCAAGAUGAGAGAUUGGCUUCUCCCUCUGUUUGGACCAUUUACUUGGGCAAAUAUUUCCAAAACACCACCAGCCACACAGAGGUGUCCUUCAAAGUGAUCCGCCUCUUCCUCCACCCUUAUUAUGAGGAGGACAGUCACGACUAUGAUGUGGCCCUGCUCCAGCUGGACCAUCCUGUGAUCAUCUCACCCUACAUCCAGCCCAUCUGCUUGCCUGCCACUUCCCACCUCUUUGAGCCUGGCCUUCACUGCUGGAUCACUGGCUGGGGAGCACUCAAGGAAGGUGGGCACAUUAGCAAUAUCCUGCAGAAGGUGGAUGUGCAGAUCAUCCAGCAGGACAUCUGCAGCGAGGCCUAUCACUACAUGAUUUCUCCCAGGAUGCUCUGUGCUGGCUACAACAAGGGCAAGAAGGAUGCCUGCCAGGGUGAUUCUGGAGGUCCACUGGCCUGUGAGGAGCCCAGUGGCAGAUGGUUUCUGGCUGGUUUGGUCAGCUGGGGAAUGGGGUGCGGGCUUCCAAAUUACUAUGGAGUGUACACCAGGAUCACUCAAGUUCUGGGCUGGAUAAACCAAACCAUGAGCUGAGAAACACACACCUCUACUUUCUCCUUAUCAGAUCUACGCUCAUAAUGGCACUCAUUCCUGACCUUGCUCAUUUGCCUCUCAAAGAAAGAGAGUUUCUGUACGGGAUGUUGUCAGCCUCAGGAUGCUCUUUUGAGCAGGGUGAAAAGAAAACACAAAAGCUUGCAUUGGGGACUGCAAAGGAAAGCAGGCAUAGCCAUGUACAAGAAGAGCUGAACUUUCCAUGAACCAUGUGAUUCAGCCACAGUCUUACGCUGGAACGUCUGCUGAAAGAAAAUGUGACUGAUGUAGUUAGAGAUUCCAGUAACUGUGAAAUCAAUCUCCCUCCCUCUUCCUUCCUGCUGCUCAUUCUUCUUCCUCCUUCCCCUCCCAUCACUCCUCCUCUUCCAUCUUCCUAAUUGCUUAUUUUCUUAGCUGGUGUGUGCUGUUCAGCUCCGCCAGGCAACUCUUCACGUCUCACUGACUCUCAUACACAAGUUCAGCAUCAUGCCCUGCCUCCCUGCUGGAACAGCACCCAGCUGCUGCUCUUGGAGCCCCUCAGAAGAUCCCAGGCCUGCAGUAAAACUAUUAGAGCAUCCCUCCUAUUCUCUUCCUUCGGCCCUUCUGAACACCUUCAACAUGAGGAAUUCUCAGCUGCUUCAGAAUCCUAACUCAGAUAAUCCAGGAGGUGAAGGAGAAGACUUAGGGGCACAGUGCUUUAGAAAGUGACUGCUAUGGGAUUGGCUGUUUUUUACUGAAGAUAAACAUAUACACAUACAUAUAUAUAUAUAUAUAUGCAUAAGUAGGUAUAUGUAUAUAUAUAACAUGGCCACUCUG